AUGAACAGCAAAUCCCCCACUAAGAUACGUCGUGCCCUUUCUAGCAAAAACAUAAACUAUCGCUCCAGCAGCUUUUCUCCUAAAAAAGCAGAAUUACUGCCGAGAACACAAUCCAGGCGUUCCAGUCCCACUCGAACGAGUCCGAAGCGGAACAGUAGUGAUCAGCUCUCAAAAACAGACAGUUUCCAGUUCUUCGAAGAGUCCACAGAAAGCCAGGAAUUGACAACGCUGAAGCAAAAAACGUUGCGCAAAUCACAGGAAAACACGCCGACGUUGGUUGCAGACAGGGAAAACGACGCGAAAACCCCUAAGUUGGAAGAACUACAUUUUCAAGCCUCGCCUGCUAGACGGCCGAUGGCUGAUUUGAAUGUGGAUGAUCACGCUGGAACGUGGGAAAUCUACACAACUGAAAGCAGCGGCUCGAGGUCAGCUUCUCAAUCGCCUCCAAAAUCGCUUUCCUCAAAGUCUCUCACAGAUAUUUUUUAA